AUGUUCCUCUGGUUCGGGGUCUGCCGUGUUGUGGUCGUGUCAUCACUGCCGCUGGCCGAGGAGUGCUUUACGAAGAAUGACAUCAUGCUCACCAACUGCCCCCAGCUGUCGUUUGGCAAGCACAUCGCCUAUGACCACACCACGCUCAAUGCCCUGCCCUAUGGGGCCGAAUGGCGAAACCUCCGUAAGAUCGCCACCACCGAAGUCCUUUCUGCACAUAGCCUCAAUAUCCUCUCGUGCAUCCGGAGGGAUGAGGUUGAUUGGCUGAUGCUCCGGUUGGUGAGGAAUGGGUUCGGGGACUUCCACCGGGUCGAACUGAAGACCCUCUUCAUGGAAAUCAUGUUCAAUGUCAUCAUGAGGAUGAUCUCGGGGAAGUGGGGGUUCAAGAAGAUGAUAGCACGACUUGGGAAGAGAGCCGAUGCGUUCAUUCAGAACUUAGUCGGCGAGCACAGGAGAAGGAAGGGCGAUCCGGAGUUCACAGACAGUAUGAUCAGUCAUCUGUUGCGUUUGCAAGGGGCUCAGCCGGAGAACUACUCGGACCUGAUGAUCAAAGCGCUCGUCCUUGUAAGUCUUGCUUUGUUGGCUCUUCCUACGCUAAAUUUGCUACUAUAA